GGAAGUGACGUAGAAGUGUCAACAUGCAAGAUGGCGGCCCAUCACCGGCAGAACACGGCGGGGCGAAGGAAGGUGCAGGUCUCCUAUGUUAUUCGAGAUGAAGUGGAGAAGUACAAUAGAAAUGGAGUCAAUGCCCUACAGCUGGAUCCCGCCCUCAAUAGGCUUUUCACCGCAGGCCGAGAUUCCAUCAUCAGGAUAUGGAGUGUCAGUCAGCACAAGCAAGAUCCAUAUAUAGCCUCUAUGGAACACCACACCGAUUGGGUAAACGACAUUGUACUCUGUUGUAAUGGGAAAACCUUAAUAUCUGCCUCUUCUGACACAACAGUGAAAGUAUGGAAUGCGCAUAAGGGAUUUUGCAUGUCAACGCUAAGAACACAUAAGGAUUAUGUAAAGGCCUUAGCAUAUGCCAAGGAUAAAGAACUGGUAGCAUCGGCCGGGUUGGACAGACAAAUAUUCCUUUGGGAUGUGAAUACCCUAACAGCCUUGACUGCCUCAAAUAACACUGUCACAACUUCUUCUUUAAGUGGGAACAAAGAUUCCAUUUAUAGCCUGGCAAUGAAUCAACUGGGAACAAUCAUUGUCUCAGGGUCCACUGAGAAGGUUUUAAGGGUAUGGGAUCCAAGAACAUGUGCAAAGCUCAUGAAGCUGAAAGGGCACACCGAUAACGUAAAAGCACUGCUGCUGAACAGAGACGGUGCGCAGUGCCUUUCCGGCAGUUCUGAUGGGACGAUUCGCCUUUGGUCUCUUGGCCAGCAGAGAUGUAUAGCUACCUACCGGGUCCACGAUGAAGGUGUUUGGGCCCUGCAGGUCAAUGAUGCCUUCACACAUGUGUACUCUGGAGGAAGGGACAGGAAGAUUUACUGUACAGACUUAAGAAAUCCUGACAUUCGGGUGCUAAUUUGUGAAGAAAAAGCACCAGUUCUCAAGAUGGAGCUUGAUAGAUCAGCAGAUCCCCCUCCUGCAAUCUGGGUUGCAACAACUAAGUCCACGGUAAAUAAAUGGACGUUGAAGGGAAUUCAUAACUUUAGAGCUUCUGGAGAGUAUGACAAUGACUGCACAAACCCUGUUCCACCCCUCUGUACACAACCUGACCAGGCUGUUAUAGGGGGUGCUAGUAUUAUUCAGUGCCACAUUCUCAAUGAUAAGAGACAUAUAUUAACCAAAGAUACCAACAAUAAUGUGGCAUAUUGGGAUGUAUUAAAGGCAUGUAAAGUUGAAGAUCUGGGGAAAGUGGAUUUUGAAGAUGAAAUUAAGAAAAGAUUUAAGAUGGUAUAUGUGCCAAAUUGGUUCUCAGUAGACUUAAAAACAGGGAUGCUGACGAUCACUUUGGAUGAGAGUGACUGCUUUGCUGCUUGGGUUUCUGCAAAAGACGCCGGCUUCAGUAGCCCUGAUGGGUCAGAUCCAAAACUGAACUUAGGAGGACUUUUACUCCAGGCACUCCUAGAAUAUUGGCCUAGAACACAUGUGAAUCCAAUGGAUGAAGAAGAAAAUGAAGUAAACCAUGUAAAUGGGGAGCAGGAGAACCGAGUGCAGAAGGGAAAUGGGUAUUUUCAAGUGCCCCCCCACACCCCUGUGAUCUUCGGUGAAGCUGGAGGUCGCACACUGUUCAGGCUGCUGUGCCGAGACUCCGGGGGCGAGACUGAGUCAGUGCUUCUUAACGAGACGGCGCCGCAGUGGGCAAUUGACAUCACUGUGGAUAAAAAUAUGCCCAAAUUCAACAAAAUUCCUUUCUACCUCCAACCUCAUGCAUCUUCAGGAGCAAAAACCUUAAAAAAAGAUAGACUUUCUGCGAGUGACAUGCUCCAGGUCCGGAAAGUCAUGGAACAUGUUUAUGAGAAAAUCAUCAACUUGGAUAAUGAGUCUCAAACCACUAGCUCUUCAAGUAAUGAAAAACCAGGAGAACAGGAAAAAGAAGAAGAUAUUGCUGUGCUGGCAGAGGAGAAAAUUGAACUUUUAUGCCAGGACCAGGUUUUGGAUCCAAAUAUGGACCUUCGAACAGUGAAACACUUCAUAUGGAAGAGUGGUGGUGACCUCACCCUGCAUUACCGCCAGAAGGCCAUGUGAGGGCUCGGCCGGCUCUCCCGGGUGUUCAUUUAUGACCAGGCUUCUGAGCCCCGACAGAGCGAGACUGCUCACGGCCAGUUUGGUGAGAGUCUCUGAGUUGCGGUGACUAUCUGAGAUGUAACUAGGAACCACUCUCCUUGUGUAGAUUAAGCUGUCCCCUGGGAGGCGAGCAGCAGGGCAGAAGAGCCCCUGCACAGACUGUCUUGUGAGAUGUACAGAGAACUGAUGGCAGGCCAGCGCGGACUGCUUCCUCCUCUCGUUUCAGAGGACCUCAUCUUUGUUAGCACUUGUUAGAGACACGGGUAGGGUCACACCUGUCACUGUGUUUCAACUUCAAACCCAGGCACUCUGUAGCUGCUGAGAGUACAUUCCAUGCGUGCAGUACCUCUGAGGGCUUUUUCCUAGUUUGUCAUUAAAACAGUUUUCACCAUUUAAGAGUUAUUUUUAAUAGGAAUUUGCUGUUGCACAAUUCAAGAGCCAACCCAUUUCACAGUAAAUGGUGACUGUUGGGCUUGUGCUCAAAUGGCAUCUCAGAUGUGUUCCUGUAGGAAGAUGUGUUGAAAUCCCAGGUGCUGGAUCAUAGCGCAUGGACUCCCAGACUAGCGCUCACCUGACACGUGCCCAGCAAGGCUGCCCCACGCUGCAGGUUAUGCUGCACCAACAGGGACACGCAGCUGUUCCACUUCCUCCACUGUGUCCUUUUAUUUACAGGCAAAGCCAGUUGACACAGGUUCUUGCUCUGGGUCAGCAGCAUGACACCAUUUAACACUUAAGGCCACGAUGAAAUUUGGACUUCAUUUACAUGCUACCUAACAUAUAUGGUGUCAGAGGAAAAGGACAUCACAGUGAAUGGAUUUGAUGCUCAUAUCCUGGAAGUAUACAUACUUGUUUUUUCAAAGUCUCGUGUGGUUUUUGUUGUACCUACAUCCAGAUUUCUGUUCACUGUUCUGUCUAAAGCUUUCCUAGAAUCACUUGGAUCUUGUACAGACUAUAACUUAUUAGGGAUGAACACUUCAACUUUUGGCAGAAAAGCAUGCUUGGGUUCGCCCCAAAGGUCACUUGUGUUUGGAGCAAUGGCCCCCCAAACUGCAGGGGACGAGCUGGGGUGAGGCCAGAGCCCAAGUGCCUUCAGUGGGCAGCUCCCUCCAGGCUUGUGUCCCUGUGCCCAUGGCAGGGACUGUGGAAGGGAUGGGGGUCUUCUGUGCAUCUUCACAGGCCCAGUGGGAGGCAGUGAGUGAGCCUGGAUCCAGACCUCGCUGUUGGAGACAUUCUCAUCUACACAACUGUAGAGACAUAAUCCCCUCCAGGCAGGCAGCCUCCUCCAAAAAGGCUUUUGCCUCUGGCACUUGGAAGAAGGGAGCAAAGACAUGCCAUCUUCCCAUGAGUCUUUCUCCCUUACAAGAGCAGCCAGCUUUUUUAAAAAAUCCUUUCUAUCUGUUGGAUACAACAGUGCACUUUUGGUGCACAUUUUUUAGCAAUAGUUGUGAAUUAAUGACAAAAAAAAAA